CGAGGUUAAUAUUUAGAGAAAGUUGAUGGUGAGACUGGGACGUCUUUUUUUAUUCCGAACCACGUUUAAAGUGAGGUAUUUUGAACUCAUCAAGACAACACAGUUAACGUGCGACGUUUGCGUGUGUCGUAAGAAACACGAGGGAGAGUCCAAAGUUGGACCUGCUUUCAUCUGUUAAAUAGGCUAGUAUUUUCAUCAAGACUACAAAGAGGGGUUUACAAUCUCUCACAACUUUUUCGUGGUUCCCUUUUCGGCUUGUUGGACUGGAUAUUAUUUACUUUGGGAGUUGUUUUGUGAAACGGAUCCGGAGGGGUGCUCUCUAGACACUCUCUCACGUCUCGAAACUCAUUUGGAAACGUGCCUCUCAUAACGAAAUCACAUAUGAUUCGCUAGCGGAACGGGCUAUAUAGCGUUUAUUGAGGGAAUUUAAAUUUUCCACCCGAGAUCAGUUGGAAACUAUAAAAGACAAACUGUUUGAGGACGAUUUUCUUCAGAGUUUUCUCCUUAUUGUAAACGAAGUAUACCAGCGAGGAUACGAAAGCUGUUGGAACUAUGCCUCAAAAAGAAUACUAUAACCGGGCCACGUGGGAAUCUGGCGUCGCGUCCAUGAUGCAAAACAAGGUGUAUGACAUCUGUAACGAAGGUCACAGUGGAGUGAACCAGCUCGGCGGUGUGUUCGUCAACGGCAGACCGCUGCCCGACUCCACGAGACAGAAAAUAGUUGAACUCGCUCACAGUGGCGCGCGGCCGUGUGACAUAUCCCGGAUUCUGCAGACCCAUGCUGAUGCAAAAGUCCAAGUGCUGGACAAUGAAAACGUGUCGAACGGCUGUGUGAGUAAAAUCUUGGGUAGAUACUAUGAAACAGGCUCCAUCAGACCCAGGGCGAUCGGAGGAAGUAAACCACGAGUAGCGACUCCCGAGGUGGUCGGCAAAAUUGCCCAGUACAAGAGGGAGUGUCCGUCAAUCUUCGCGUGGGAAAUCCGAGACAGGCUGCUAUCAGAGGGGGUCUGCACAAACGACAAUAUACCCAGUGUGUCAUCGAUAAACAGAGUACUGCGCAACCUGGCUAGCGAAAAGCAACAGAUGGGCGCAGAUGGCAUGUAUGAAAAGCUGAGGAUGCUGAACGGUCAGACCGGCACGUGGGGGACCCGGCCGGGCUGGUACCCCGGAACCUCAGUGCCAGGACAGCCCAAUCAAGAUGGCUGCCAACAGUCAGACGGAGGCGGUGAGAACACAAACUCAAUAAGCUCCAAUGGGGAAGACUCAGAUGAAACACAAAUGAGGCUUCAGCUAAAAAGAAAAUUGCAAAGGAAUCGCACAUCUUUCACACAAGAACAAAUAGAAGCACUUGAAAAAGAAUUUGAGAGAACGCACUAUCCUGACGUGUUUGCGCGAGAGAGACUUGCUGCGAAAAUAGAUUUACCAGAAGCAAGAAUACAGGUGUGGUUCUCAAACAGAAGAGCAAAAUGGAGGAGAGAAGAAAAGUUAAGAAAUCAAAGAAGACAAGCCAGCAACUCUUCGAGUCACAUACCCAUCAGUAGCAGCUUCAGCACUAGCGUUUAUCAGCCAAUCCCUCAGCCCACAACGCCAGUAUCCUUCACAUCAGGCUCCAUGUUGGGAAGAUCAGACACAGCCCUUACGAACACAUACAGCGCCCUGCCACCAAUGCCAAGCUUCACCAUGGCCAACAACCUUCCUAUGCAACCCAGCCAGACCUCAUCCUACUCCUGCAUGUUGCCCACUAGUCCUUCGGUGAAUGGGCGGAGCUAUGACACAUACACACCACCGCACAUGCAGGCACAUAUGAACAGCCAAUCAAUGGCCACCUCAGGCACAACCUCAACAGGUCUAAUUUCGCCUGGGGUGUCUGUACCAGUCCAAGUGCCAGGCAGUGAACCAGACAUGUCCCAAUACUGGCCCAGACUACAGUGAGAACAAGACGCACAAGAACAAAAAAGAAAACAGAGGAGAGGAUAAAAGAGAGGAGCUCCUUCAUCUCCUGACUUCUCUUGGCUUCAAGGCAGGGCUGUUCAGCAGUAUUUUACUAUGGAAGGAAAAGAGGAGACUCUAAAGGACCUUUUUGUACUGGGAUAGUGCCACUUCUCUAUCAUUCUUUGGACACAAAGACUUGAAGAAUAAAAGAGAACAGACUUCUGUAAAGUGCCCGGUAUUAUAUCGUAAAAUGGAAAGAAAAAAAAAUCUCUGUUUUUCAGUUUCCAAAUUAAGUCAUUUUGAUGUAUUUGUACAUGUAAUGGCCAAUUGUAUGUUAUGACAAAAAAAGGAAAAAAAAAAUUGAACAACCAUGGAUGGACUGUCAAACUAAGUUGGUCUUGCAUCGGUGAACAGAAGAACAUUUGUGCAGGCUUAUUCAUCAUUGUUUUUUCAUCAUCAGCUGAUAUCAAGAACAUCUGCCCAUUUCUGUUUCAAAUGUGGACCUGUAGAAACAAACAAUCUCUGUAUCAUUUCAAGACAAAAAUAGCAGGAGUUCAAAGGAAGCCAAUCCAGAAUUUGUUUUCCAAAGCUUGCAGACAAAAGCAGGCUGUUGAACAUGGUGACUGCUGAACUGGAGGAGGAGGAAAAUGUUUGGUAGCUUAAAACGGUAGAUUGUGUCUUCGAUGUAAUUCAGUUUUGUUUAUGUCAAAAUAUAAGUAUUUGUCUUCCCUAGAAGUCUCGCAGAACAAUUUCUAUAAUAAAAUUAAUUUCAUUUUAUAA